UUUUUUUUUUUUUUUUUUGCUUGCAUUCGUUUACCUUUUGAGCUACUUUUUAGACUGGUCCCUGCUACUGCCUUUCAUCAGACUUGGCCAAGACCAAAUCACAUUUGGAACAGUACAACACAGCACUGCGUGCUUUGAAGGACAAAGACUAUCUCGCAGUGCUGUGCACAUUAAAUCUAAACCACCACACCUUCGCAGACUAAACCGGGACAGUUGAAGCCUGUCGAACUGAGCCUGCUUGAUCUUUGACUUUUCUUACUUUCUCUUGCUAUCGAUUGCCCCCGAAGGGGCAAACUCGUGUUAUAUCAACACCUAUCUUGUUCUCUCCUUCUUGACUACUAUUUUUUUAAAUCUUCAGCUCAAUCCAGUUCACAUUCAGACGUCAUGGCAUGGGGCCUUUCGAGCUGGCUUGGCCUCACGCGAUGUUUCCAGAUCGUUGCCUCGCUGAUUGCCAGCGCCCUCCAUGGAUUUCUAUUUGGGUGGCUCUCGAUUAACAGGUUGGGCAUGGCAAACAAUGUCAUUGUGCUUCAAUUCAUGAUGACCGCAUGGUUUGCUUUUGUCGUCAUUGCCUUCAGCAUCGUCCACACCAAGGGCAGGUCAACACAGACCACAUGGCUCGUUGCCACCAUCGCCGGAGACAUUUGCUUCAUAUGGAUGGGCCUGGCUAUGAUCACGCUUCUUUCACACGCUGGCGUGCCUGCACACUGUGCAGGCCUUACCAAAUCUGCCUACGCAGAUGACGACACCCGCCGAGAGCCCGCGAAAGGGUAUACCAGCAUCCGCUUCACUAAUCAAUGGAACGGUGCCAAGGGCGAGCUGGAUCGUUUCUGCGCCCUCGAGCGUAUCUUCUAUGGCGCCACUCUUCUCCUGAUAAACCUCCAGCUCAUCACCGUCAUCCUCUCCAUACUCCGCAUCUGCCAGGGCACGUAUAUCAAAAAGACCGAGGCGAAUGCUCAGGCGAGCGAGCAGAUCCUACACGUCCUCCGCGAGGAGGAGAAAAUCAGAUCCAAGGCGUAUCCGUUGAACAGUCUCGCCUCGACCAGUGGAGACACUGGGGUGGUGCAGCACCAUCAAGUCCACAGCCAGUGCGAUAUCUCCUCAAUUCAGCCCAUGCCGAGCGAAGGGGCAUUGAGGUCGAGGAACUCGGUGCUAAACUCACGGGUGCACCCACAUAACCACCAUCAAUGUCAGCACCACACCCAUCACCACCAACAGCAGCAACCGCUACUGUCUCCUGUCAGCCCGACCACUGCCACCUUCUUCUCAGAUAGGCCUGGACUCUCGUCCCCGCUGGCGAGCCCAGACGCAAACCAGUCAAGUACGACGACUUUUAACGAGUUCGAGACGCCCGAAGACGAGGCCGCCGCCGCGGCAUUAAUCACCGACGGGUCUUCGGGAGGACGAGUGGAUCUCGAGUCCGGGUACGGCAGCAGCUCGGGCCUGCCUCCCUAUACCCCGGGGAGGUUAAAUCCCAUGAACGGCCACGGGAACGAGAACAAUGAGAUGCGGCUCAGUGGCUAUGUCAAGGGGGAGACGAGGGCUCAGAACAUGAAGGAUGGGAUGUGACAAGGUUACAUCGCAGAGUUAUGACCCGAAAGCGACAGAAUGAAACAGGCAUUAUCCUAUUUUUCAUUUUACCCCCUCUUAUUGUUCUUUUUUUAUUUAUGGGAAAGGGUUGCAAAAACCAGUGGCAACCUUUAUUUUACUUUUAAGACCUCUUUUAUUUACACGAUACCAAUAUUGAAAACAGGCGUUCAUGAAGGCGGACGGACCCCUGAGAGCAUCACCACGGUUUCUGUUUUUUUUUUUUUUUUUUUUUUUUUUUUUUUUUUGCUUUU